UAAAAGCUACGUUAUCAGUGAGGCUAUGUUUUUACUAUUUUCUUUUUUAAUUUCACACGGAUUUUCGGGAGCAGUAGCUGGUUAUAAAUAUAUAAAUAAAAAAAUUACGGAUACGACGUUAACCAUAUCUAAAAUCUAAUUUAUUGUACAAUCUAUAGAAAUGAUUAAUUUUCUAUAUUAUACAGAUGGUAGUUUUCGGUUACGAUUGUUUAUCACUUGGGGAGAUAGUACAUGAAGUGAUGCAUAUUUUGGGUUAUUCUCAUGAGCACACCAGACCAGACAGAGAUCAGUUCAUCACUAUUAUGUGGGACAAUAUUAAGCCAGGUACACAUACAAUGAUUUUAAAAUUAAGUAGUUAAUAUACAGAUUGAGAGGUGAUUACCAAUUUUUGAUAAUAAUAUUACAGGUUAUAAAAAAUAUUUUACAACGCGAGCCGACGACCCUCUGUUAACUCUUUCCUACGACUAUGCAAGUGUUCUUCACUACCCUGCACGAGCUUUCUCAAGAAAUGGACAAGCGACAGUUGUAGCUAACGUAUACAUUUUUUAAUGGUUUUUUUAAUUCUUUUAAAAAAAGCAAGUCCCUUAACGCAUAAUUCUUAGCAAUCUUUGUCCACUAAGCCCAAAUCGUGGAAUAUUGAACAAUUAUUAACAAAUAUUGUUAAGUCUUAGUAACUAAAUUAAAUUAAUAGUCUUGUAUUACAGAGUAAUACAAAAAUCGGCCAACGUGACGGACUUAGCGAAACUGAUAUCGAGAAAAUUGGUAUGGUUUACGGUCACGAAUGUGUUGAAAGGAAUAGACAAUAUCUUUUGAAAACAUGCCCGAGCGUUGUAAAAGUUAGCGGCGAAUCAAAAACAGCAAAGCAAGAUGAAAUUGAAAAAUACUUCGAAGACAGACUGUGGCCUUAUGGAAUAAUACAUUAUAAAAUUAGAGAUAAACUAGAAUUCUGUGAGUACUACAUUCCAAACAAUAGAUGGAUGAAAAAACCUUUGGGAAACGUUAAUUUGAAUUACUAUAAUAUUACAGCUGUCGAAGAAAGAGAAAACAUCAAAGCAGUUGUUCGUCAUAUAGAAAAAGAAACAUGCAUACAGUUCCGAGAGCUUCAAGAUGAUGAAGCUAAACAAACUACAGCAGCAAAUCAAAAUAAUGCAGAUACUGCAAACGAUAAUACCAGCUCUAUAAUGUACAAUUUGAGACCUACACCUGAAAUAAGCGACAACGAAAUUAAAGACAAUGAGGAAACAGCAACAAAACUAAUAAAUACCAUAGCAGAUGGAAUGGAACAUCUAACGUCCAUGAUAACAGAACCGGGCGAUAUAGUAAUUGAAGACAGUACCUUGCCUACAUCUAGACGACAUGCAGCUAACGUUUUGACAUUAUUACGAUCAUCUGAACCUGGUUGUCAUUGUCCGUCACCGGGGAGGCCAAAUGGCAAUAAAGUAUUGAUAAACAUUUACUUAAUGCAAAUAUCGUUAGUUGUAAAAAGUUUAUUGCAGAAGUAACUUACAAAAGAAGUUAACUUUAUCUCGAUUAGGUAACAUUGUGAUGUAAUUUGCACAUAUAUGCGAAGAAAUUCAAAGAUAUGUGUGAAGACAACCCGCACACAACCAACGUGGUAAAAGGUCUAAUCUCUAUAAGUUAUUAAUGGGGACGUGUAGUGAGCUGACAAUGAUGAAAUUAUAAAACUAAACGAAUGCUAAUACUUGACAAACAUUUGCAGGAUUUGGUAAUCAACGCAGACUGUUUUAAUUCAGUUAACGAGCUCCUUCAUCUGUUCGUCCACGUGUUAGGAUUAGACCACCAACACAAUAUGCACGAUCGAGACUCAUUCAUACACAUUGUUUGGAGUAAUCUGACUGAAGGUAAAUUUAAGACAGUCGAUUUGAAACCUUAAUGUGUCAGUCAGGUAAAAGAAUCACUAAUGGCCGGUUUCCCAACUACAUUUAACCACUCGUUAGUGUUUGUAUUUCGAUAACUUCAUGAAAUGCGUUUCGAAACUACGUAACUUGAGUUAUACUCCAUUGAAACUUAGGUCAACCUAACGCUAAUGAAUCACUACGUAACGAUAAAAUAAAAACUUCGAAAACCCAGCAUUAACUUAAAUUAACUUACUAUAGUUAUAUUAUAGAACAAAACUUUUUUUAGAAAUAGAACAAGAAAUGCAGCAAAAGCUACCUCCUGCCGCCGCCGCGGGUUUCCCCUACGACUACUUAAGCGUGAUGCAUUACCCUUGGCUGCACAUUAAAAAUGGUGUCACCAGUAUUAUGUAUCCGAUUUGGGUAAGCAUAAACCUUCAAAAUCGGUAAAGAUUCAAGUUAGUGGUGCUUCGGCUCUUAAAAUGUUAUAUGUAAAAAGGCCACAAGAAGAUUUGUGAUAGCUAAUAUUGCCUGAUCUAUUGUGCUUAGGUUAAUUCUGGUACUUUUUAAACUAACUUUAUCAAGUCAAAGCACAAAUUAAGAUAUUUCCCUGUACCAAGAACUACUACUUAAACACUUUAAACGAGUACUGGUCCUUCGAGUUCCCUUUAAAUUUUAAAAAUCACGGCAUUGACAUAGUCAAUAUUACAAUUAAACUUUCAUUUACAGAAUGACGGUUGGUCAAUGGGGCAUUGGCAAGGUUUGAGCGCAACGGAUGUGCGGAAACUAAAUCUCAUAUACGCUGCGCAAUGCUCUCAGCGUAAAGAAUUGGAAAACGAAGGUGAUGAUGAUGACAGAUAAAUAAAUUUGUUAAUCACAUUUUUUUUUAAUAUUGUUCAUCCUCUUUACACGAACUGCGUAUUAAUUUGCCAGUCUAUAAUAAGGUUCCAAUAGGAAUACCCUAAUAAGGGUAGUAAUUGAAACUUUGAACCUUUUGUAAAACUAUCUGUUACUCGCGUCGUCGUCCGCGCGGAAGUAAAAUUUGUGAUUCGCGAAAGAAUUUUUGAAAUCAGCCCUGAACUUAUGAGUUAUUUCAAUACAUGCAA